AUGGACGGUACAGAACGACGCAUUUUGGUGAACACAAAGAUUUAUUGGCCGAAUACUAUUGCACUUGACCUGACCACCGACCGCGUUUAUUUUGCUGACAGUAAAUUGGAUUACAUCGAUUUUGUCAACUACGAUGGCGGUGGUCGUACUCAAGUACUGUCAUCGACAAAGUUUGUGCAGCAUCCACAUGCUCUAGCAGUAUUUGAAGAUAUGAUUUACUAUAGUGAUCGGCGUUUGCAACGACUUCAGCUUUAUCCGAAGUAUCCAAAUGGCACAUCAAUGGAGUAUCCCUCGCAUACAUUUUCUAAAGCGCUAGGGGUCACUGCUGUACAUCCAAUCUUGCAACCGCGCAGCGAAAAGAAUCCAUGUGCUGGUGAUCCCUGCUCCGAUUUAUGCUUAAUCGGCAAGCAGAUGACUUAUACGUGCAAAUGCCCGAUGGGGAAGAUUUUGGACGCAGCUGGUAAGAACUGCAUUAGUGAUAUGAAACCAUUUUUGAUGCUUAUCCAGAAAACCAACAUCUACGGCUUAUCAAUGGAUGAAGCAGUAAACGGCACACCAGCACUCUCCGGAAUGGUGCCUUUGGCUGGUCUCAGCAACACAUACGAUGCAGCGUAUGACCCAGAAACAACAGAGAUAUUUUAUCUAGAGCACGGAACAACUGGGCGCAUCGUUGGUCCAAACAGUCUUUCAGAAUCACGAAUUAUGCAAAUUUUGCCGGACAGAAUAAAUCGAACGCUGAUUGUCGCAUCCCAGAUCCCGGACGAUUCGUAUGCUAUGGCAAUGGAUUGGAUUGGAAGAAAUAUGUAUGUGGCAAAUAAAAUCUCGCAAACUAUUGAGGUUGUGCGAACCAAAGAUAUUCAGGUGGCUCGGGCUGACUUGGAUGGAAAAAAUCCACUGGUUAUUGUUUCCAGUGAAAUCACUGAACUGAAUCAUUUAGCACUCGACACGACUAACCAGCGCCUCUACUUUUCCGAGUCAAAGGCUGGUCGAAUAUCGUUUGUCACAUACGAUGGACAGGAUCGACACUACGUUCUGAACGAUGUCGGUAAGCAACCGCGUGGAAUUGCAUUUUUCAAUAAUCAUCUGUUCUACGCGGAUAGUGCGUUCGAUAGCAUUGAAGUAGCAACUCUGUCCGGUGACGGUCAACCACCACAGUUCGAGCAUUUCAAAAAGGAUGUCGACCAACUGAUCAAUAUUAAAGCUCUACCUGAUGAGCCUUAUCUACGCCAAUUUUCAGCAGUCCAAUCACAUCCAUGCCAUACGAAUAACGGUAACUGUGAGCAUUUGUGUAUUCCUCGAGCAUUUUCACAGCAUCAGUGUAUGUGCGCUACUGGUUAUUCUCUUGAUGGCAGCACUCACUGUAAACUUUUCGAUCAGUCGUUUUUGGUUGUUGCAACGAAGACGCGGAUUACCGGCAUCCCGUCAGUCUUUUCUUAA